AUGACCACUAUCACAAACUUUUUCCUUCUAUUCAUAUUCAUAUUCAUAUUCCUCUCUCAAACUACAUCUCUCUCAAAAGGAUGCCAUCCAGAAGAUGAAAGAGCCCUUCUCCAAAUCAAAAAAGAAUUCAACAAUCCAUCCCUUCUCUCCUCAUGGAUACCACACACUGAUUGCUGCAACUUUAAGUGGUCUGGUGUUGCUUGCUCCUCCUUAACCAACGAUCGCGUCACCGAUCUAAGUAUCUCGAACAACAUUCACAUUACUUCUCAUUUUCCUUCAUCUAUUGGUAACCUACCUUGCUUACAGACCUUAUUUAUCUAUAACUUACCAAAUCUCACUGGCCCAAUUCCACAAUCCAUCAUCAAACUCACCAACCUUAUAUACCUUACAAUCAGUGAAACUGGUGUAACAGGUCCAAUACCUAAAUUUACGGACAAAUUCAAAAACCUAGUUGAGUUGGAUCUUUCACACAAUAACAUCAUUGGAACACUCCCUCCUUCACUAUAUAAACUGCCUAGUCUUUCAGGGAUUCUCUUUAACAACAACAACUUAAGCGGCUCGAUCCCUUCCUCAUAUGGUUACUUCAAUAGUAGCCAUGUUUCUACUUUAGAUCUCUCUUACAACAAUCUCUCCGGGAAACUCCCUAUUUCAUUGGCCAUGUUGGAUAUUUACGUUCUUGAAUUGGCUUAUAAUAACUUUGAAGGCGAUGCUUCUAUGCUUUUUGGUUCCUAUAAAAAGACAUUGGUGAUAGACAUUUCGGGGAACCGUUUUGCUUUCGAUUUUGGAAGAGUUGACUUGUCUCAUACCAUAGCAACGUUGGAUGUGAGCCACAAUAAGAUAUAUGGGAACUUUCCUAUGGCAAUGGAAAAUGUAACGUUUUUGAAUGUGAGCUAUAAUAAGCUGUGUGGUGAGAUUCCAAAGCUUGGUUAUUUCAACACUUUUGAUGUGUCUUCAUUUGUUCAUAACAAGUGUUUGUGUGGAUCUCCUCUUCCAAGCUGCAAAUGA